CAUAUUGCAAACAAGCAUAACUCCAACAUAAAACCUGUCUCUUACCUAGUUUGGAUAACACCGAGGUAUAUCAUGGCUGCUUAACAAUCAAAUUCGCGGUGCUCUUGCCCAGAAGCCUCGAGAAACUUCUGCGCAACGUGGAAGGGUUUUCUGGUUCAGCCCCACGCUGCAGUACAAGUAGUCGCAUUCGCCCAGGAUACUGUAUCUUCUUCACAUUUCAUACGAGAUAUCCCUUAGUCUUUUUUAUCGUUAUAUAAUCACUAUAUACUACACCAUGCCCUCCAACAAGACUCUUGUCUUCAAGAAGAUCCCCGAGGGAUACCCCGUCCCCGGUGAGCACAUUGUCGUCGAGUCCGCCGCCUAUGACGCCGACGUGCCCGCCCCCGAAAACGGUGUCGUCGUUCAGUCGCUCUACACCAGCUUCGACCCCUACAUGCGUGGCCGUAUGCGCCCUGCUCACAUCAAGUCCUACGCUCCUCCCUUCCACAUCAACGAGCCACUCAACAGCCGCUCCAUCGCUAAGGUUAUCCGCUCCAACAAUGACACCUACAAGGAGGGCGACAUCGUCGUCGGCCACAUCCCCAUCCAGGAUUACAUCGCCCUGAACGGCGAGCAGAUCUCUGCUGUCCUCAGCGUGCUUCAGAACCCCUUGAAAAUUGAGGACAUCCGUGUCUACCUUGGUCCCCUGGGUAUGCCCGGUCUGACCGCCUACUCGUCGCUCUAUGAGAUCGGUAAGCCCAAGAAGGGUGAGACCAUCUUCAUCUCUGCGGCAAGUGGUGCUGUCGGCCAGCUGGUUGGUCAGAUCGCCAAGCACGAGGGUCUCAAGGUCAUUGGCAGUGUUGGCUCGGACGAGAAGCUGAAGCACAUCAUCGAGGAGCUGGGUUUCGACAGCGGCUUCAACUACAAGAACGAGAAGCCCGCAGACGCUCUGACCCGCUUGGCCCCUGACGGUAUCGACAUCUACUACGAGAACGUUGGUGGUGAGCACAUGGCGGCCGCUCUGGACGCUCUGAACAACUUUGGUCGUAUUGUCGUUUGCGGCCUCAUCUCGCAGUACAAUUCGGACCCCUACCCCAUCAAGAACAUCCACAACGUGCUCAUUAAGCGUAUUGACAUGCGCGGUUUCAUCGUCGGUGACCCUGGUAUGGGUGACAAGUACGCUUCGGAUCACCAAAUGUACGUGCAGCAGUGGAUCAAGGAGGGCUCCUUCAAGCCUCUCAUCCACGAGACCGUUGGUAUUGACAACGCGGCUGAGGGACUGGUUGGAAUCUUCCACGGAAAGAACUUGGGCAAGGCUGUUCUCAAGUUCUAGAUGACAUGAUUGACGAUGUACUUUGAUAUAUAAAAUUUUGAGAUACUGUGAAUCAAUUUUCUUGCGCAU